UUUGCAAAUUUUAUUGACACAACAAAGAGGUUCAGGGACUAUUAGAGCACACUGGGCUAACUGGUUGUACAAGAAAGAGUAGCCAAAUAGCGAAGUAUUAUAAAGAUGCUGUCAGAUGCCAAGACAAAAACAACAACAAAAAAAAUGACAAAAAAAAACCUUCGCAACAUAUUUAUAAAACAUUUCUCUAGAGUUAUCCAUUUUUUCUAUUGUUGCUACUCUGACUGAAUAAAAACUUUCCUUGUUCAGGUCUUAAUCCAAAUGUGGCUGUUUGGAGAAGAAUGGUGUGAUGUAGCUUUUCUGUCUCCUAGUAGGAGACAAACAGAUACAGAAACAAAUACAAAAAAGGCAUAGGGGUUGUAGGUCAGGGACAAGGGUAGCCAUCUAGGAUGUACAUAUGAAUGCGGCUCUCCCUGGGUCUGAUCCUCAACCCUGCAAGAUGAAGCACACACAAAUGUGCAGGUGUCCCAUAUAAAAGUCAAAGUCUACCAGUUGUGUCUUUUUAUCUUUUCUAGGAGUGUAUGUGGUUGUAGGCAGAAUGGUUUUUUGAAAGUGUCCUUCAAUGUACUACAAGCUGGCUUGGAACUCAGCAUCCUCUGGCUUCUACUUCCAGAGUACUGGGCUUGCAGGCAGCUUCACCACAAUCAGAAGGAAAUAGUAUUUGUUGAUAGCAAGAUUACUUGUUGACAGCGAGUGUAAUACAUUCUAGAACUAGAGGGUACCCUUAGGAAUCAUCUCUCCUAAGUCUAUUUUACAAAUGAAAUUAAGAUCAAGAGGGUCCCCCCUGAGCACUCCGGUAGUUCAUGCCCAUUCAGGUUUAGAAUCCUGAUUUCCUAAGCUUAUGAAAGACCAUGGCUCUGAGGUUGAUGAUCCUGGACUAGUCUCAUAGAUAGAUGUGUGUUCAGUUCCCAGCACCCUUGUCUGUUAGCUACCAACCAAUUGUAACACAAGAUCUGACACCUGGCCUCCUCAGACACCUGCACUUACAUGCACAUAUACCAUAUAGACACACAAGAACAUGUACAUACAUUAUUUUAAAAUUCUUUAAAAAAUAUUAGAAAAAAAUCCCACACACCAGCUUCCUUUUCCUUACAAAGCACACUCAAAACCCCAUUUCUUAAGCCCCUCUCUCUCUCUCUCUCUCUCUCUCUCUCUCUCUCUCUCUCUCUCUGUGAUAUUCUGAUAAUCUUUUUCAAAAGAAAUAACCAGAUCUAGUUACAGUAGUGCAGGGCUAUAAUUCCAACCCUUGGAAGGCAGAGGCAGGAAGAUCAAGAGUUCAAGGCUAUCAGUUGGCUAACACAUGGUGACUUUGAGGCUGGACUGAGCUAUGUGAGACCCUGAUUAGAAAACAAAAUAAAAUACAAACAAAAACAGUGACAAGAAAAAUAAGCAAGUGAAGUUUGUGGAGUUGUCCUUCAUUUUUCUCCUGAAGCAUUCUCAUAUGCAUAGAGCAGUCCCCUACUAUAUUCUAUUGGAUGCUAAAGGAGUUGUAAGAGAAACAAAACACAAAACAAACCAGAAAAAAGGCGCUGCAUCAUGCCACAUGUCUUUAAUCCUAGGAGAUAGAGUCAGGCUAAUCUCUGAAUUUAAGGGCAGUCAGGGGUACCUAGUGGAACCCUGAAUAAAUAAGUAGAUUAAAAAAUAAACAAAAGAGGGUUGGGGAUUUAGCUCAGUGGUAGAGCGCUUGCUUAGCAAGCGCAAGGCCCUGGGUUCGGUCCCCAGCUCUGAAAAAAAAGAAAAAGAAAAAAAAAUAAACGAAAGAUAAAACUAAAAGCAAUUCUCUAGUAACUAUUUUGACAGUUAAAUCUUUCUAACAGGAAAUGGAUCUCUAGGGGAUGGGUGUGGGGCCUGUGAUUGCAUGGCUUGUUCAUUGGCACUGUGUCCAGAAUCCUGUGGCUUCAUCACUUCUGAAAGCUCUGGAGGCUGGAGAAGGGCUCAAUGUCCAGCUCUGGGAAGGCCAGGCUACUGGAGCUGGGGCCAAUGGCAGUGCUGUCUGGCCCUGAGUUGUUCCCCCACUGAGAAGCUGAUCAUCCUUUAAAAAUAUAUAUAUAUUUUAAAUUAUUCACUUUACAUCCCACUUACUGUCACCCCCAGCCCUUUCCCCAUUUCCCUUCUCUGAUUGGGUAGGCCCCCCUGGGUAUCCCCCUCACCCCCCACCUAGCACUUCAAGUCUCUGUGAGGCUAGUCACAUCCUCUCCCCGAGGCCAGAUAAGGCAGCCCAGCUAGUAGAGCAUAUCCCAUGUAUAGGUAACAGCUUUUGGGGAACUGGUCGUUUCAGUGCUCAACCCCUUGGAGUCUGCCAAUAACUGUGGUCUUGUGUCCCCUAGUCAGGAAAAGCAGUAUGUAUACUGGCAGCCACUUUGUAGUUCGAUGUGCCAAUGUGGCCCAUGUCAUUUUUUAAAUGCUUUAGUGCAUUAUAUUAACAGUACUGAAAACGUCUUAGUGUGAGCAUAAUAUAAUACACGGUUAUUUCCCAAGUUUGAUCUUGGAACCCUCCCUAAUCUUUCCUAAGACACAAUUUAGCAAGUUACACAGUGAAGAUUCUUGGGGUAAAGGAAUAAAUUUCCUGGCUUACUCCCUGAGGACAAAGUAACUGUGAUUUAUAGUUUAAGCUAUCAUAUAAGGAGAAAAUACUUUAAGUAGAAUUAUGUGAUUCUAAUGUUUUUAAAACAUGUUCGUUCAAAAUUUAUUAGCACAUGAGUACCCUAAGAAUUAGACAUUACCUAAAAACUAUUACUUAAUACAAUAUUAACAUUUAUUUUUUGUUUAACAUAUGUAUAAUUGUAACCUAUUUCUACUGUGGCAUAUUUAAUUACAACUUUUUAAACCAACAGUUUUGCUUUCCAUGGCUUAGGUUAUUUGCAUGUAGUGAUCCUAGUUUCAACUGUGUUUCACAAACUUUAAAUGGAAAAUUCUAUAUUAAUGUUUUAAGUUGCACUGUUCUGAAUGGCAUGGUAAAAUCUCAUGCUCUCCACCACUCCGCUACUCUGGAUGUAACUCAUAACUUUCUCUUCUCUGCACACAGAACUGCAAACUGGAAAACGAUGUGGAGGUGGCCAUCUUCAAUGUGUUUAGAUCACCGUUAUCUCUAAGAGUCAAAACUCUCAGUUGCCCAAGGAGGCAUUUUCAGCCAGAUCCUCAACCACUCUUUCACCAUAGCCCUUUCCUCUAAACUCCAGCCAUAAUAAACAACUUGGGAAUAAUAUUAAUAAAGGUAAAUAAAAGAAAUAAAGAAAACUACUGUUUUUGAACUGAUAAUUUAAAAAGUAGGCAUUUAAAAUAAUAAUUCUUUAAAAAUGUACAUACUCUUUGGUGUAGCAAUUCCACUCCUAAUUCAAUAGGUGCCUUAAAUGAUUUUCAUACUAACACUGAAUUACAAAAGGGGUGAGACGGUGGAAACAAUUUCCCAAUAAUAGGCUAAAUUACAAUAUAGACAAGUCAUUGGAUAGAAGUUUCAUUUUCCAGGAAUGAUAAUGAAUGACGAAUGAUAAAAAGAAUUAGGUCUAGGUUCCAGGUCCUAUUUAAUCUCACAACAAAAUUAGGCGACUAUCGAUCUUUUUGCAUGAGGCAGGUGGAGCAAUGAAUUUAACCUAGUUGAGGUGGCACGGUAAGUAGUGAAAGUCCUUAACAGACCAGUUAAAUCCUGAACCCACUUGUCUUUCCAUUCCUGGCGCCUACCUCGUUGGGUUAGUUUGCGAACAAAAUGAAAAAAAAAACAUUUAAACAAGAACAACAACAAAACAAAUAUAUAGCUGUGCAACACGUCGACACAUAGUACUCAGAGGCUGAAUAACUCGCUCAAGGUCACCCAAUUCCGGAUGACCCCAGAAUUAAAACAGGAUUUCAAUUUCGUGCUCUUCUUGGCUUCCAUUCUUGUCAUUUCGGACUUUUCCAGCUCCGUGAUGCAUACCUAAGAGACAAGAGCACAAAUGAGAGGUGUAUUCGCAGAGAGGUUCCAGAAAGCUAGUCUUCUGGGUCGUUUUGAGGAUUUUCUAAAUCCAGAUACUCUUCCUUCUGACAGAAAGUUUCCGAGGGACGCGUGACGUUAACAUUAUGCGCCGGAAGUGCACUGCGGCGAAAGCAAGGAAGUCGGACCGCUUGCGAUCUCCGCUAGUUCUUAGGAGCCGAACUCAGCGGCAGGAGGGUGACCGCACUUUUAACCAGCGGCUGCUGUCAUGACGACCCAGGGGGGCCUGGUGGCCAACCGAGGCCGGCGGUUCAAAUGGGCCAUUGAGCUGAGUGGACCGGGAGGAGGGAGCAGGGGCCGAAGUGACCGGGGCAGUGGACAGGGAGACUCACUCUAUCCAGUCGGUUACUUGGACAAGCAAGUGCCUGAUACCAGCGUGCAAGAGACCGACCGGAUCCUGGUGGAGAAGGUACAGAGGCAAUACCAUCUCCAUCUUCCCUACCAUGAUGGUGUGUAUGAUGGCCUGGCGACCCAUCCAAGCACUUAUGGCCAUUUCAGCCACUUUCAAGAUGCUGGAGAGUUCAAGUCAGAAGUUUCUUCAAGGUUUGGUCUAUCUCAUUGGGAACCUGAUGGGUUUGGCAUUGGCUGUUUACAAGUGCCAGUCCAUGGGUCUGUUGCCUACACAUGCAUCAGAUUGGCUGGCCUUUAUUGA